AUGCUAAACAGACCCCUCCUCCCCAUCUCAGCCCUACCAGCAUGGGCCCGUCUCAACAACAUCAAAUUCCACGACAUCGGCUUUGAGAAACUCGCCAACGGCUCUGGAAUAGUCGCUCUAACUGACAAGGAAUAUUCCGCACAACAGUUACAGGAAGGAAAUAAACCUGAGAUAUUGAUUACGGUUCCGCCUGAUAUGGUGUUGUCGCUUGAUUCGGUGCAUGAAUUUGCGAAAUCGGAUCCGUACUUGAGGGAGGUUUUGGAGGGGUGUGGUGAUCUUGGGCGGACUGCUCGCGGGGCUAUUCUCAUCUUUUUGCUUUGUCACAUCACUUAUUCAAGUGAUACGCAGACCAGAAUAGGCGUGACGAACCCUUGGUCAGAGUAUAUCAAAUUCCUAUCUAGCGAAACACUACUUCCUACGUUGUGGUCAGAGGAUGAAUUGGUUUUACUCUACGGCACAUCUCUGAAAGACGCGGUUGAUCACAAAUUGGCCGCUCUCGAAGCAGAAUUUGAUCGUCUUCGAGAGGCCACAAAAUCUAUUGCGUGGUGUGAGCGGGAAUGGUGGGAUGAAGAGAACGGUCUGACUCUAGAUGAUUGGAAGGUUGUGGAUGCCAUGUAUCGUUCGAGGGCGUUGGAUUUGCCAGGCUCGGGACAUGUGAUGGUUCCCUGUGUGGAUAUGGCUAAUCAUGCAUCGGGCGAGGAAACAGUUGCGUUGUAUGAGACGGAUGGUGAGCGGAAUGCUGUGUUGCAGCUGAGAUGGGGGAAGAAGCUUCGAAAGGGGGAGGAGGUUACUAUAACAUAUGGGGAUGAGAAAGGGGCAUCGGAAAUGAUCUUUUCUUAUGGCUUUCUCGAAAGCUCAGUCGAGGAUGCACGACAGUUGUUCCUACCGCUCGACAUUCCAGAUGACGAUCCACUCAAGCAGACGAAGAAGAAAAUCUGUGCAAAUAAAAUCGCUCCCGGUCUGAGACUGGCCGUAGAAGACGGCCAAAUCAAAUGGGAAAGCGACUUUAUCUUCUGGGCCUGCGUGAACGAAGAAGACGGCCUCUCUGUCGAGAUGAUGCAGACUAACGAGGGACCCGUAGAACUCAAAGCGUCAUGGAAAGGCGAUACCGUGAUUGGACAGACUGUUCCGGAGACACCACCACGCAACCUUACGGAAGUUCUCUCGCAGGAUCCGCAGUGGGAUCUAUUCCAAUUACGCGCAGCAGUGCUUGUGCAGCAAUGUCUGCAAUCCCGUCUGGAGAUGUUGGGAGGCGAAUUGGAGAUGGCAUUCAAAACCGUAGAGCAUGAUCCCGAUGGAACUCGGACGGGAGUUCGUACCCCAGUUUAUGAGAUGAUCGGGAGGCUGAGGGUCGGGGAAACGGGGCUUUUACGACGAGGAGUCCAGGCGCUUGCUAGUGAGAUCGAACAGUUGAUGUCUUCCGAGACAGUCCAGGUAUUCCUCAAGCAGCAAGAACAAGAAGAAGACUUUUCAUGA